AUGAAAUUGACAACACUGCUGGCGUGCGGAGCUGCGCUGGCCGGUUCUGCCGCUGCCCAAGGCGGCUACAUCUACACGAUCGACAAGUCCGUCAUCUCCUCCUCUACUGCGUCUAUCGAUGCGGAGACAGCGAGCGCUAUCCUCGCCCGGAGAAGAGGCCUUACCGGAGGACGAACACUAGGUACAUCUGACGACAGCAUCUUGGAGGCACUGAAGAAUUAUGGUGGCUGGCAGCAACCAUUAUUUGGCGCGACAGACGAAGAGGCGCCGGGGAAGCUCUUCAUUAGAAUACCUGGAUUCGAUGGGCAGAUUAUGGAUCUUACCGCAGCCAUGCCCGAUCUUUGGGUGGAAGGCCCGACAACAGAUCUCAAGUCCGACUUCAAGGCACAGCCACAGCGCGAGGAUGGCAUCUGCGAAUAUGCCGUCCCGAUCAGCAACUCCAACAAAGACAUUGAGGUCGUCUUCUCGUACCCAGCCGAAGGCGAUCUAGGCUGCCUCGAUCCCUCUGAAGUCCCUCACCUCCCCAUCACGCUGGCCGUGCAAUCCGUGCUACCCACCAGCCCCUCCAGCAUUCCCAGCACCAUCAUGCCCCUCAAGCGCAUCCUCACGCACCUCCUCGCCACCCAAGGCGUCGAAUCCACUAUCCUCCUCCUCCCCUCCUCCCUCUCCCUCUCAAAACCCAAAUCCCACGAAGCCGCGCAUGAGCUCCGCCGGCGCACCCAGCCCGAAGAAACCCCUCUCGCCCUCUCCCCCGACAUCAAAAGCCACUCCACACUCCUCGCCUCCAACAACACCUCCAACACCACACAACCUCUUCCCCGCAACAUCCCAGCCUGCUUCACCUCCCUCGCAUCCUGCAGCAACACUACCAACAGCUGCUCAGGCCACGGCGACUGCUUCGAGGCGCGCCCCAAGUGCUUCCGUUGCAAGUGCGGCACGACCGUCGUGCGCGAGGACAGCGAGGGCCGCAAGAAGACGGUACAGUGGGGCGGCGGCGCGUGCGAGAAGAAGGACGUCAGUGUCCCGUUCGUGUUGUUCGCCAGCUUCGCCGUCGUUAUCGCGGCGCUGAUUGCUGGCGUCAUCGGUAUGAUGGCCAGCAUGGGCGCGCAGAAGCUGCCGAGCGUGCUGAGUGCCGGAGUUGCGGGACCGACGGCUAGGAAGUAG